AUGCCGACCAUGGAAAAGUCCGAAAGAAUACCAGUGGUUUCUGAUAUGAUGAAGGAGCUCGAUGCUGUAUUGGAACAAGAUCUCUCUUACGUUGAGUGGGUUUGUCCCUUCUGCUCGGUGGCCACGACUAAAUUGUGACAGAUUGAUGGAGAUCAUCCACCGGCACGCGCUUGGGUAUCUUGGUAUUGGAUCACCCGAAGGAGAGGAUGAUGAUAUCGGAGACGAAGAAGAUGGCGAUGAGAUGGAAUCCGAAUCCGACUCCCCCGCUCCACCAAAACUCGCCCAAGGGUCCCCGAGAAUGAUAAUUGAUGAUUGCCAAGGGAAGUGUUCUAUGCUGGACCUCCUCCAUACCAUACCAAGAAAGAUUCUCAAAUCUCUAAUUCUAAAUACCAUCGCAUACGAUUAUACCCACGACCCCGAAAUCAAACAACUCCUCCACGAAGAAAACAACUGCCGGAGUGUACGUGGUUUCCAUCAUCAAAAAGGAUUCCACUGGACAAAGCCUUGGCCUGACCGGACGUGAUUGGGCCCGAAUUACCAAAUUUCGCAAGGCAUACUUCAGUUAUGAUCCAAAUUCCGAACCAACUAUGGACGCAAAGGCCAUUGAAGUGGUGAUCGGCAUCGACAUGGCCAUGCGCCUCUCUUCCCUGUCUCGUAAUAAGGUAGCCAUGGACGUAUAUAGUCAAAAUCUACAACAAAAUGGCAAACGUCUACUCGACUUCCAAAACCGAAAGGUUUUUUUCACCAAACUAAAGGAGAGACACCAAUUCGCAGACCAAACCAUCGAACAAAUCCAAGCGCCAAUAUACGUUGGUUGUGGGCAGCAUCUAAAACAACAAUCGUCACUAGAUGACAUAUUCAGUGCAACCAAAACCUCUAAUAGCCUGUGCUUCAUCCAAAGCUGUCUGCUUCUUAUGAAUGUGGAAUUCGAAACAGCCAAUAUACACCAAUUCUCAAGAUCUGGGAACCCCAUCAACUCAAAGGUGCCGAGGCGUUGCUAUCGUGGAUAACUGGAGCAGCGUUCGAGGAUGGCGGCUUCAACAAUGCGCCAGCUGGGGUACAAUCAGUGAGCGAUCAGAAUGGUAUUGACAGAUUUGAAGCUGCAUUGGAAGAGGUUUGGGUGAAAAACCCAUGGGCAAUGGAGAAUCAAUCAAAGUCCGGAGAGUACCUUCAAAGGUUUCAAGAUAUCAUCGAGAUGGGCGAAUACUACCAAUCCAAGCAAUUGGAAUCACUCGAAAACAAUGCCCGCGAUGUUGUCGAUAAUUUGGUGAAGGGUUACAACGAAUUCGAAGAGAUGUCUAGAGACUUGGAGCGACAAGAGCGUGAAUUGGACCAGGAAAUCUUGUUUGCAGAGAAGAGGGUUGAUUACCUAAAAAAGACCCAAGAACUUGCUGAAAAAUGUCCGGUAGCUGAGAAGGUUGAGAUCCCGCACUUGUCGGAAGUGCCUAGAGUGAGGGUUGGUUGGGAUCUGGGGAGCAAUUCCACGAUUGAAGUCGACCGGUAUUUGGCGGGUAUAAGGGGAGUUAGAGGGGUUCUGGAGACUUGUCAGCCCAAUCUCAACAAUGGGGUAUAUGAGGAUGAGAAUAUGGAUGAGGUUGUGGUUGUGGUUGUGGAGGAUGAGGAAGCUUAG